AUGCUUCUCUGUGUUCUCAAGGAUCUUUUUGUAUUGUUCCCUGAAGCUGAGAGACACCUGCCUAACCUUGCCUUAAGAGGUCGGAGAGCUGAUCGCCCAUGUCCGCAACAAGGCCAAAGCCAGUGUCAACUUGAUAGGCUUAACGCCCUCAAGCCUGAUAACCGCAUUAAGAGUGAAGCUGGUGUGACCGAGUCCUGGGAUCCCAACCAUGAUCAGUUCCAAUGUGCUGGUGUAGCCAUCCUCAGAAGGACCAUUGAACCCAAUGGCCUUUUGUUGCCAUCCUAUAGCAAUGCUCCUCAACUUAUCUACAUCGUCCAAGGUAGGGGUAUGACCGGGACCUUGAUGCCUGGAUGUCCUGAAACAUUCCAAGAAUCGCAAGGUCAAGGCAGCGGCAGGUCACAAGACCAGCAUCAGAAGGUUCAUCCCUUCCGUGAGGGUGAUGUCAUUGCUUUGCCCGCUGGAGUUGCCCACUGGUGCUACAAUGAUGGAAAUGAGAAUGUUAUUGCUGUUACUCUCAUUGAUGUGGGUAACAGUGCCAACCAACUUGAUGCCUUGAAUCCUAGAAAUUUCUAUCUAGCUGGUAACCCAGAAGAAGAGUUCCAGGAAGUACAAGCUGGCCAGCAGCCACGCCAGGGAGGCGAGCAGCAAACAGGACGAGAAGAAGAAUCAUCUCGCAGGCAUGGCCAGGAUCAAUGCAACAACAUUUUCUGUGGAAUGGACACAAGGUUCCUUGCUGAAACUUUCAAUAUUAAUGAACAACUAGCAACGAAGCUUCAGAGUGAUAGUGACAAGAGGGGCAACAUUGUGAACGUGAAAGGUGGACUUCAGUUUGUCAGGCCACCCAGUUUGAGGCAAGAGGAACAAGAGCAACGACGAUGUGGAGAACGAGGACGUUGCAAUGGCUUGGAGGAGACCAUGUGCACAAUGAGGAUUAGAGAGAACAUUGGCGAUCCCUCACGAGCUGAUGUGUUCAACCCAGAAGCAGGUCGCAUUAGCACUGUCAAUAGCCACAACCUCCCUAUCCUUCAAUACGUCCAACUCAGCGCCGAGAGAGGCGUUCUAUACAAUGAAGCCAUGAUGGUGCCGCACUGGAACCUAAACGCCCACAGCAUCAUAUAUGCGAUCAGGGGCCAAGCACGCAUCCAGGUGGUGGAUCACAGUGGUCGAACUCUCUUCGACGGCGAGAUGCGCGAGGGACAAGUCCUGACCGUGCCACAAAAUUUCGCUGUUGUGAAACGGGCUGAGCAACAAAGAUUCGAAUGGGUUUCCUUCAAGACCAAUGACAAUGCCAUGACGUCUACUCUUGCUGGUGGCACCUCGGCUAUCCGAGGCAUGCCAGCCCAAGUUCUUGCCAAUGCCUUCAGAAUCUCGGUAGAAGAAGCUAAGAGAAUCAAGUUUCAAAGGCAGGAAACCAUUCUAAGUAGCCCCAGGUCGUCUCGAUCUGGAAGUAGGGCUGAGGCUUAG